AUGUUGGCGUCGAAGAUUCAAUAUUCGGCGCCUUUGGGCAUGACAGGAUCCCAGGCCACGGCACCAACAUAUCACGUCGGACCAUCGCACAAGUCGACAACGGGGACGACUUCGCAGGACGGGAUGCUGUUUACAAGCCCAACAGAGUCGGAGUUCUCCUUGAAGGAUGGUCCUGAUGCCGUUCGGUCGUGGGAUGAGAAACAAGUGAUCAACUGGUUGCACAGCAUAAAUUGCGGCCAGUAUGAGUCUUUAUUCAGAGCAAACAAUUUCAACGGAGACAAUCUUAUUGAAUGUGACCAGAAAAUUCUUCAGGAAAUGGGUAUCAAGAAGGUCGGCGAUCGAGUGCGAAUUUUUGUAGCCAUCAAAAAGCUCAGAAACAGGAGUGUCAACAAUCUUAGACAAACAAACAUGGUGAGUGAGGUGCUGUCACAGUUGGAACCUCGGCUUACCCUGGUGAAGAAUCAACUCGCUGCACUCGAGGCCCCUACGCACGCUCCAACUUCAGACUCCUCUCGACUUACCAACCUCCGCCAACGAAGUUCGAGCAAUCGCCGUAUGUCUCGCUUAGUCGACAAUGGUUCACAUGUCUACUCUACGGGAAAAUCAUCAUCACGCCCAGGGUCUCCAUUGAGAAAUCAGCGGUAUGCUGCGAACAGCCCGAUGGAAAGUAGUCGGAAAGAGGGUUAUUUUGCUCAUCCCUCCUCCGGCGGCUCGAAUUCUGGCCGAAAUCCAGGAACACCUAGCGACGGCGGCCAUGGUCACAAAGGUGGCUUACAUCUGAGGCAAAACCCUAGCAUUGAUGGUCUGACAAUGGGUGCUUUGCCCGCAAAUUCGCCUGUUAUCAGGGUCAUAUACACUGGUGGACAGACCAAGGUGUUGGAUAUCAAGCAUUGCAAGACCGCUGACGAGAUUAUACUGUGUGUCCUCAAGAAGCUGCAGCUACCCGAGCACCAGUAUCGCAACUAUUGCUUCUACGUGCUCGACGGCUUGGAACCGGAUCCCUCAAACUGUAGGCGACUUCCGGAUCACGAACUCAUGGAGAUUUGCGAAGGGUCAAGCAGGUCCGAGCGCGGACGUCUCAUUCUGCGGAAAAUUCACGCUGGAGAACCAGAUACUGAUGAGCUCCGUCGUGCUUCUCAGCUUGCGCUGGAUGAAAGCCAAAUGACACACAUGAAUGCUCUGAGCAGUUCAAAUGUGCGCAAUCAGAUUAAAAUACAACAACUCACAGGUGAACCAUGGCAUCAUAUCAAACAACCGUUGUCGCCUGUGUCUGCCCGGCACCCUCAGGGUCAUACUGAGCAUGACCCAUCUCUCCAAUUGAACACCGAACGCCCCUCUGUGGCCAAGUUGCGAUCGUUCUUCGGGGCUCGCCCACCUAGUGAGAUGAUUAUUCAUGAACUUACUUCAUAUUUCCCCGGUCAUCAGCGUGAGGAUAUUGAAAAGACCAUGCGCAUGUCGAUUCGGAGAUCUCAACGCCUCAGCCGAGCAGCAAGUCGCCUGAGCGUCCUCAGCAAUACAAGCUAUGCAUCGAGCUUGAGGGAUGCGCCCCCGAUUCCGAGCAUCGCUGACACCUGGCUCAAUCCUGGGGCGCAACCUACACGAGCCUCGAGGCCGCUCUCGGUUUCCAGAUUCAAUCUUCCGCAAACAUCAUAUAGAGAUUCCAUUGCCUCAAGCUCUCUUCAGCCUCUUCAGGAGGAGUCUCCCAUUGAGCCGAAUCGCAAAUCAUAUGUUUCCUUCGAUAGUGGAUCGGAUGAUCCGAGUAACUCUCGCCAAAGCCUUCUUGAUGAGAACGCGAGCGUUGCAGCGACAGACGGCGGAUCUUUCAAUGAGAGGUUGAGUGUCUUGGUGGCUGAAGAUGGGGAAGAGGAGGACGAUGGCCUUAACGAGUUCCUUUCAGGGAAUAAUUUUGCACCCAAGAACUGGAUGAAGGGAUCUUUGAUUGGCGAGGGAUCGUUUGGUAGUGUCUUCCUUGCUCUUCAUGCGAUCACUGGCGAGCUCAUGGCUGUCAAACAAGUGGAAAUACCUUCGGCGACCAAGGGUACUGAGUUUGACAAGCGGAAGAACAGCAUGGUGACAGCACUUAAACAUGAGAUUGAGCUGUUGCAAGGCCUUCACCAUCCGAAUAUCGUCCAGUAUUUAGGCACCUCUGCGGACGAUCAAUACCUGAAUAUUUUCCUGGAAUACGUCCCAGGCGGUUCAAUCGCCACGAUGCUCAAACAAUACAACACCUUCCAAGAGCCGCUGAUCAAGAAUUUCGUACGUCAAAUUCUGGAAGGCCUUUCCUACCUCCAUAGUCGAGACAUUAUCCACCGUGAUAUCAAGGGCGCCAACAUUCUGGUGGAUAACAAGGGCGGUAUCAAAAUUUCCGACUUUGGUAUUUCCAAACGUGUUGAAGCCUCCACUGUUCUCGGUGCCCGAGCCAGCGGGAGCGGAGGUGGUCAUCUCCAUCGACCUUCUCUGCAGGGAAGCGUGUACUGGAUGGCACCGGAAGUCGUGCGACAGACAGCCCACACAAAAAAGGCGGAUAUCUGGAGCUUGGGCUGCCUUGUCGUGGAGAUGUUUAUUGGGGCCCAUCCUUUCCCUGAUUGCAGUCAGUUGCAAGCUAUUUUCGCCAUUGGUAGCAACAGUGCGAGACCCCCGGCUCCCGAACACGCGAGCAAAGAAGCCAUGGCCUUCUUGGACAUGACCUUCCAAGUCGAUUAUGAGAAAAGACCCACCGCGGACGAGUUACUGCAGAGCCAGUUCUUGUCUGCACCGCUGGCGUGA